AUGAAGAUCAAGGACUUACCCUAUAUCCGCUUAAAUGGAGGAAGAAUCAUCAGCGAUGAAUCACCCGCGUGGCCAAAGGUCGGUGAACGACCAGCCCUAACAAAGCUAGGGAGUGUGAGUUGCGAGGUUUUGGCUUGGUCGGACGACGACGAAGAAAUGCACAUUGUGCAUGACGAUUGUGUUACGAAGCCCUACGUUAAUCUUCCUAGAAUCCCACUUCAACACUCUACGUCGCCUUCCACCGAUUCAGAGUACGAUCUGUGUAAAAAGAUCGCAAGGAAAGGCAGUGAAGUCCCAUCCACUGAAGUUGAAAGUGAAGCGGAUGUCACUGACAAUGAAGUUGCAUUUCGCGAUCGUGACCAAGUCUACUUCGACCGUGAUCCCGAACCUAGUCAAGUAUUUGAAAUAUUAUUCGACUAUGAAGCUCGAAAUAAUGAUGAGCUGAAUCUAAAGGCAGGGACGACAGUGAAACUAAUACGAAAAACGGAGGAAGAAUCAUGGUUCUUUGGUGAAUGCGAGGAUGGAAAACGUGGAUUAUUCCCAGGCAAUUAUGUGAAGCUACUAGGUUCCGAUGCAAAGCUGAUAACUGCGGAAGAAAUAUCCGAGCCUCCCACUGGCAAAGACCUAAUAGGAAGAGGGGCUUGUGCUGAUGUUUUCAAAGUCGUCUUUAAAGGAGAGCUGGUGGCCCUGAAGCGGAUAAGAGGGGAGCCUAAGACGUCCGAUAUCGAAGCGUUGAAACGAGAGGCAGUGGUGAUCAACAGGCUCCGACAUUCGAACAUAAUUCAUCUUCUUGGGGUAUGUUUGGAACAGCCGCGCAUAGGUCUCGUUCUGGAACUCUGUGAAGGAGGUUCUUUGAAGAAGUUGUGUCAAGUACUUGCGAACUCCUUCGUUUCUGUGAGGAUCAUUGUUGACUGGGCCGCUCAGAUUGCAUCGGCAAUGAAAUGCCUUGCAUCUGAGAAUCUAAUGCACAGAGAUCUUAAAGCUGAUAACGUUUUGGUCAAGGAACAAGUAUGUUUGUGCAACGUCUCUCCUAGCACUCCUACAUCUGCUGCGCAAUCAAUUCAUCUGCAUAAUGGAAUACAGGCCAAUGGGUACUGUCAGGUUUGUAAGGGAAAAGCGUUGGAUCGAUUGACAGUAAAAAUCACAGACUUUGGAGCUACGAAGAAAAUAAAGGAUGAAGAUGAAAAGAGGCAAAGCUUGGUGGGUACUUAUGCUUGGAUGGCUCCCGAAGCGUACAAAUUCCAACAGUAUUCGGAAGCUUCUGAUGUAUGGAGCUAUGGGGUUGUGCUCUGGGAACUACUUACCAGAAAGGAUCCACAUCAAGGACAUAUGCCGAUUACUGUCGCUUUUAUUGUAUCCACGAAAGGUAUUGAUCUUCCAAUCGCUGACGACUGUCCCUUGAAAUGGAAAGAUAUCAUGCAGAGCUGUUGGAAUAUAGAACCGGAUAAACGACCAACGUUUGCUUCCUUAUUAGAGCAGUUCAUAGAAUACCGAGAAGAGCUGGAACGAACUGGUUUUUCGGAGGAACAAGAGGCUCUUGUUCAACGAGUGCAUGCGGACAUCGAGAAGGAGAUCACUCAAUUCUAUGUCAAAUUAAAUCAGGAUGGUCAUGAAAAAAUGCGAAUUAUGUGCCAGAAGUUGUACGAACAACUAGACAUGAGGGGUGACGGUGUCUCAAAGUUACCACAAGCUGCAGCACCUGAAGUACGAGAGCGUCGCAAGGGCAAAAAGAAGAUCGAGAAACAGGACAUAUCUAAGCCUCAGGAGUGUCGUCAUCUGAUAUCAAUUCAACAACCGACAUCAAGUAAAACGGACCUCAAAGUGAUUAUGUUUGAUCGACAAACUUCUGGAACUGGAACCAGAACUGCAUCACCGUUCGGGACGUUGCCAAGAAGAGAAAAGGAACAUCUCAAUGCUCAUCGGCCUCUUCAACAAAAUCUGUCCGUAAGCAGUCCAAAUCUUAAUGAGUUGGAAGUCAACUGCACCGCGAAGAAAGGCGGGACUCUACAACGAAAAGAUGCGAUUCGCAAGAAACGGCAAAUUUUGGCCCACGAUGAAAGCUUGGAGCGUGAAUGUAACGUACAGUUCCCUGACCCAGACGCUGAAAAUCGCCCUAAUAUUCUUCCACCGGCGGCACGUCUUGGGAACUCAGCGCGACGCAGUGAAGGGACUCAUGAAGACUCCAGUAAAGUCAGAAAAUUGCUGUCGAAGUUCCAUGUGUUUCGUCGAGGCAACCAUUCCGUUGAGUCUGACGAAGCUCCUCCCUCUGCGAAGUUGUCCCCAGUCUCAGCGAAACAAGUUGUUUUUCCACCGCUAAGUAAAGCGACACCAAGCAACUAUGAACAUCUCUCACCACUGCACAAAUCAUCAACCAGUACUGAUGAUGACUACACAAAGUUGGCUCCUAACAAGGCUGUACGGAAUAAAGUGUCACCCUCAGACAAAAUGGGGAAGUGGAGCGAAAUUCAAUGUACACAGCAAACAACGCGGUAUAUAAAGCCAGCCUUGUAUAACCCAACGAACACGAAUGGAGCAGGCCUUGGAGCAGGGAUUGACCCAGCAAGUCGCUCACCACGACGAGAAAUUGGUAUUGACGAUGUUAUCCCGUUGACGCAUGAGGGCACUUAUGCUCCCCCAUCCAUUCCCGUCAAGCAUCAUCGUCGAACUCCUUCAGACGACAAAGGAGUUUCCAGGCAAAAUGCGAUUCAUAACGGACAUGCAGCACGCCCUCCUCUCCACUCGAAUAUGCAGCCAUCUCUGUCCACUAUUAUACCACCAUCGACAGCAUCGAAUAGUGGACCGUGUACAGUAUCGUUGAAUACUCGCAUACCUGCUCCCUCAACAGAUCCUUACAUUACAUGCGCUGGUCCUCGGAUAGGAGUGAUCAACAACGUCCCGUACUUAACGAUGACACCAAAGCACAGCCAUAGUCAGAAUGUUCCAUCUCCUCCUGUUACAACUGUACAAAAUGACCAGUAUAUACAAUGUCCUCGUAAGCCCGAACGUCCUAUCACUCUCAAUCUUACCCAUGCACACACUCCUGAGAGCAGUGGGAUUAGUACAUGCUCUGCGUUCUCAAACCUGUCACUUGCGGAUACAGUGCCAUUAACACAUGCACCACCUCCACCUCGACCACCACCAAUAAUUCCUCCCAGAGACGGGUCCAUAGGAUUGCCUUUGUGCGAGUAA